AUGAUACGUUCUCGUUUACUAUCUAUUAAUCAACCGUUAUUUCAACGAACAAUUGUAACAAAAACAAAGAAUAUUAUUAAUCAUGAAGAAAAGGAACAAGGACAAGAACAACAACGAAAUAUAAGAGAAGAUUAUCAAUCAUCAAAUACAUCCUAUAAACCUCCAAAAAAACCAUUAAUUCAACAAUUUACACAUCAAGUAACAAAUCAAGUUCCACCACUUGAAUUUGUAGAUUUAUAUGAAAGUGAUUUAGCAUUUCGAGAAUUUCUUCCAGAAAAAAAUAGUGGUCAGGUGAGAGAGAUGGCUGUUGAAUUAGGUACUUAUCAUUGGUUUGAACAAGGACAUCAAGCUAAUCGACAUAUACCAACAUUACAUCAAUUUGAUCGUUAUGGACAACGUAUUGAUGAAGUUCAAUUUCAUCCAGCAUAUCAUGAUCUUAUGGAAAUAGGCAUGCGAUAUGGUGUUCAUUCUAUCGCUUGGGAAUCAUUAUCUGAUGAUAAAACUAAAAUUAAUCCACAUGGACAUUUACAACAUGCGGCUAGACUUUAUAUACUCAGUCAAAUUGAAGCUGGUGUUGGUUGUCCUUUAUCAAUGACAUAUGCUGGUUAUCCUGUUCUUCAUCGAUAUCUAAAAAAUACAAGUCAAAAUAUAAUAAAAAGUUUUCCAUUAGAUAAACUUUUAUCUCGAAAAUAUGAUCAACGAUGUUUACCAGCUUCAAUUAAAUCUGGAUUAACUAUUGGAAUGGCAAUGACAGAAAAACAAGGUGGUAGUGAUGUUCGUGCAAAUACAACAAAAGCUUAUUGUGAUAAUACAAGUGAAAAACGUUAUAUACUUGUUGGUCAUAAAUGGUUUUGUUCUGCGCCAAUGUGCGAUGGUUUUCUUGUUCUUGCACAUAUUCAAAAUGAUGAGAUACAUGAUAAAUCAUCUGCCAAUAUUGUACCAUCUUGUUUUUUUGUUCCACGAUGGUUACCAAAUGGUGAACGAAAUCCAUUUUAUAUUCAACGAUUAAAAGAUAAACUUGGUAAUCGUUCAAAUGCUUCAAGUGAAGUUGAAUUUAAUAAUACUCAAGGUUGGUUACUUGGCAAAGAACAUGAUGGUGUUAAAACAAUUAUUGAAAUGGUACAAGGUACACGUUUAGAUAGUGCCGUUGGAAGUGCAGCAUUAAUGCGACAAGGAUUAGUACAGGCUACAUGGCAUGCUCGUCAUCGAAAAGCAUUCGGUCGAUUAUUAAUAGAACAAUCACUUAUGAAACAAGUUUUAAUCGAUUUAUUACUUGAAUCAGAAGCUGCUACAGCACUUGGCAUGUAUAAUGCAACUCUUAUUGAUUCAACAUAUAAUACUAAAAAUACAAAUGAUAUAAAAGCAUUUGCUCGUAUUGUUACAGCAAUAGCUAAAUUUUGGAUUUGUAAACGUACACCUGAAACAACAUAUGAAGCAUUGGAAUGUCUUGGUGGUGCUGGAUUUGUUGAAGAAUCCAAUAUGCCUCGUAUAUAUCGGGAAGCACCAUUAAAUAGUAUCUGGGAAGGUAGUGGUAAUGUUAUGUGUUUAGAUAUAUUACGUGCAAUGAAAAAAUCACCUGAAUCACUUCAAGCAUAUAUGUCAUUUAUGCGUGAAAUAAAAGGUUCAAAUAAAUAUUUAGAUGCAGCAUUGGAACGUGUUGAAAAAACUUUAUUAACAAAAAAUCUUUCGAAUGAAAUGUUAGAACGUCAUGCACGAACAAUAGCUACACAAUUAGCUUUAUGUCUUCAAGCUGCUUUACUUAUUCGUCAUUUUCCACAGACAGUUAGUGAUGCAUUUUGUUCAUCACGUCUAGGACCAAAUCGUGGUUCCAUAUUUGGUGAUUUGCCCAUGGAUAUUGAUACAGACAAACUUUUAAAAAGAUUGCCUUUCUAA